AUGCGCAGCAUCUUCGUCUGCGGCAAUGCAGCAUCUGCUGCUGGACUCACUGCAGCAGCAGUUCGAGAGACAGGCACGGGGGACCUCGUCGUCGAGGCAGGCGCGCUGGUGCUGGCCGACGGGGGCGUUUGCUGCAUCGACGAACUGGACAAAAUGGCUGCUGCUGCAGCAGCAACAGGAGACACUGCUGCUUUAAUUGAAGCCAUGGAGCAGCAAACUGUCACUGUCUCCAAGGCCUCCUGCUGCUGCUGCUUGCCCGCAAGAACCACCUUAAUUGCUGCUGCAAACCCCAAAGAAGGACGGCUAGA